CUCAAUUCGCCCAUCUCUCUUUAACUUUCAUUCUCAAUUUUUCUUCCCCUUUACUCCCCUAAAUCCAAUAAUUUUCACGGGUCCCUGCAAAAAAGCAAUGAACAACAGAUCCGCAAGAGAUAAUUCGAUCCAAUCGAUAAAAAUAAACUCGGAUGCAACCACUUUCACGGACAAGAAGCAGGCACGUAUAGAGCUGCGUGCACUACGUGAUGCUUUCUACCUCAAAACAGUUAAACCGAACGAAAACACGGAGAGCAUACCACAAAACACCGUGCUAAAGCGUGUAACGGCGUAUUGCACGGCAGAAAAGAUCAACCUCAAGCAUUUAAGCUCAUUUCUACGCAACAAUCCGAUGUUCCAGCAGAGUGUGAUCUAUUUUGGCGAGUGUUUGUACACAAGUGUGGCGAUUGAGAAAGGGUCGGUUGAUGUAUUCUUCUUUGAUUACGGGGUCACGGUGUUCUGGGGUGUUUCGGAGAACGUGGAGACGAAAAUUCUUAAAAUCAUCAAAAUAUCAGAGUACAACUCGUACGACACGUCGAAAAUUGAAGUAGAAAAUUUCCAGUACGGUAUUAUAGACACACAGAGUAUGUUCUGCAAUGAUGUAAUCUAUCUUAACACAGAGGAUUACUUUCAUAAAAUGAUUAUAAGUAAUGCCAUCGCACAGAGCGUGAAAUUAGACUACUUCGAGAAUCUGACGGACAAGACGAUCGAGAGCGUUAAGGAUUUGCCGGAAGAGGUGGAGAACUGGGGGAGAGUGGGCAGGAACAGGAAGGAAAUAUUGAAGAUGGUAGGGCGGCUGCACAAGCUGCGCAUCGAUCUCAAUCUGGUCACCAAUAUUUUGGAUGAGCCGGAGGUGCUUUGGCACUUUCCCAGGUAUUCAGAGCUGUACGAGUCGCUGAGAAGAUGUCUGGAGAUUAAGGCUCGUGCAGACAUCCUCAAUUUGCGGUGCGAUGUCAUACACGGCGUGCUCGAAAUUCUGUCUGAGAACAUCAAUACCAGAAAUAGCGAAAACCUUGAGAAAAUGAUGGUAGGCCUUAUAUUCGUAAGUAUUGUGGUGGGGAUAUUUCAAAUUUUAGUUUUACUGCUGAAAAGGUGAUCGUAUUUACCGCAAAUUAAUUAAAUCUGCUGUUCUGCU